AUGCGUUCUACGGCAAUUUUGAGCUUCUUCACUACGGCGGCGGUCGCAACCGCCUUCGCUGAUCAACGUCCCCUCCAAUCCUCCUCGUCUUCGUCUUUCAACUGCGAUCUGCCACCCGCCAUCUCGCCGUCCGACGGCCUCCCCUCCGCCAAAGAACUCUUCUCCUCUGAGGCCGCCAUCCUUAAACAAGUGUCCCGGCACGCGGCCCUCGUCCGUGUCCCGUCAAUUUGCUACGACGAUCUUGGCGACUUUGACACGGAUCCCCGCUGGAAGGUCUUCUACGAGCUUCACGAUGUUAUGCGCAAGACAUACCCAGCCGUCCACGCCCGGUCCAACCUCGUCAAGGUGAACACCUUCGGCCUGGUCUACACCAUCCCCGGGUCCUCCCCGGAACUGAAGCCCUUGCUUCUGGCCGCCCAUCAGGACGUCGUCCCCGUCGCGGACGCUUCUACAUGGACUUACCCGCCCUUCUCGGCUCACUUUGAUGGCGAAUGGAUGUGGGGACGCGGUGUGUCGGACGACAAGAACUCCUUCACGGCGCUGCUCUCCGCUCUGGAGACGCUCCUCUCGGACUCUUCUUGGUCGCCUAAGCGAACCAUCAUCCUCGCCUCAGGCUUCGAUGAGGAGUGCUCCGGCCAGCGCGGCGCGGGACAUAUCGCGAAGUACUUAGAGAAGGAAUGGGGUAACAACAGCAUGGCGCUGAUUCUCGACGAGGGCGGCAUGGGCCUGCAACAGCUCGACGACAAGACCCUCUACGCCCUCCCCGCCGUGAUGGAGAAGGGACAUGUCGACAUCUGGCUCGAACUUCACGUCACGGGAGGCCACUCCUCUGUCCCCUUCCCGCACACCGGCAUCGGAAUCGUGUCCGAGAUGGUGGUGGCGUUGGAAUCCCACCCGUACAGCCCCAAGCUCACGACCUCGUCGCCGCUGUACGAGCACAUGGUCUGCCAGGCCCGCUACUCCCCCGACGCGCAGCCCAAGAUCACGAAGCUUUUGGAACAGGGCGAUCUGGAUUCUCUCGCCGCGGAGCUGAUCUCCAUCGACCGGCCCACGCACUACCGCCUCCAGACCUCGCAGAGCGUGGACUACUUCCAGGCCGGACAGAAGAUCAACGCCAUGCCGGAGGUGAUCAAGGUCGGCGUCAACUACCGCGUCGCGCCGCAGAACUCGAUCCCCGAGAUCCAGCACAACAUCGUCUCGUACAUCAGCGACAUUGUCGAGAAGUACGGCAUCAAGGUCGAGGCGUUCAAGGGCGACGAGGAGUACGAGGACUAUGCCGCGAAGCAGAAGCGGGACUUCGCCGGCGUCAAGCUGGAGGACGAUGUGAAGCCCUUGUACGAGGUUAAUUACAACGGCACUCUGGUGCUGAGUUCCAGCCAGAAGACGCUUGUCGCGCCUAUCUCGCCUACGAAGGGACCCGUUUGGGAUUUGUUCUCGGGCACGCUGCAAAGCAGUUUUGCGUUUGAGGGCGGGAAGGUCGUUCCUGUUGGGGAGUUGAUGACGGGAAACACUGAUACUAGACACUACUUGAACCUCACGCCCAAUGUAUACCGAUUUGUGCCUAUUCGCAACGGAUACACGAUUAACGCCCACACCAUUGACGAGAGAAUUAAGAUUGAUGCCCACAUGGAGAUUCUGAGGUUUUACUACGACUUGAUCCGUAACUUCGACGCGGCGGGUGUCUAA